AUGAGAGCCUUUAUCGUUUCCACCCUUUUGGCCUCCGCCCUUGCCGCUCCUUCAGGCUUCCACAAGCACCACCACCACCAGAACGAGGCUAGAGCCGUGGUGACCACCUUCAGAACUGUCACUGUCGGCGCCAAUGGUGAGGUCAAGGCCGCUCCAACCACUGUGGAGACUUCCUCUGCCUCCACCGCCGACGCUGUGUCCACCUCGUCCACUUCGUCCUCUUCCUCCUCCUCUGCUACGGCUUCCUCCUCGACUUCGGCUUCGUCGUCGUCUUCUCAGGCUUCUUCGCAGCCUUCUGGCGGUAACGGCGGCAGCGGUGGUAUCGCUGGUGACCUUUCUGCUUUCUCCGACCCCACUGAAAAGUUCGAGGACGGUGUCCACAACUGUGACUCCCUUCCUACUGGCCAGGGUGUCAUUGCCAUUGACUGGUUGUCAGACAUCAAGGGCGGUUUCUCCUCUGUCAUGAACCAGAACGGUGACACCUCCUCCACCUGUAAGGACGGCUUCUACUGCUCUUACGCUUGCCAGGCUGGUAUGUCUAAGACCCAGUGGCCUUCUGAGCAGCCUUCUUCUGGUAUCUCCGUGGGUGGUUUGUACUGUAAGAACGGUAAGUUGUACCGUUCCAACAAGGACAAAGACUACUUGUGUGAGUGGGGCUACCAGGGCACCAACUUUGUCUCUAAGAUUGACAAGGAUAUCGCCAUCUGCAGAACUGACUACCCAGGUUCCGAAAACAUGAACAUCCCAACCUUGUUGGAGGCUGGCAAGACUGCCCCUGUUUCUGUCGUCAACUCUGACAAUUACUACAUGUGGAAGGGCGGCAGAUCCUCUACUCAGUACUACGUGAACAACGCUGGUGUCUCUGUUGAGAAGGGCUGCAUUUGGGGUACUGCCGGCUCUGGUGUUGGUAACUGGGCUCCUGUUGUCUUGGGUGCUGGUAACACUGGCGGCAAGACCUACUUGUCCUUGAUUCCAAACCCUAACAACAAGGAUGCUCCUAACUACAAUGUCAAGAUCCAGGGUGCCAACGGUGCUUCCACUGUUGGUUCUUGCUCGUACGAGGACGGCUCUUACAAGGGCGGCCACGGCAGCGAUGGCUGUACCCUCACUGUCACUGAAGGUGACGCUGAGUUUGUUUUCUACUAA